CAAUUAUAAGUGGGAAAAAGUAUGUGCCUUCUGUCAUUGAGGGCUGCAGAGAGUGGUGACUGGCUGGAGAACUCGGGUGCAGUGACGAGAAACACCAGAGCAUGAGUUCUAAGUCAAAAUCCAUAGGGAUUGUCGGAGCUCCUUUCUCAAAGGGACAGCCACGAGGAGGAGUGGAAGAAGGCCCUAAGGUAUUGAGAAAAGCUGGCCUGCUUGAGAAACUUAAAGAACAAGAAUGUGAUGUAAAAGAUUAUGGGGACCUGCCCUUUGCCGAUGUCCCUAACGACAGUCCAUUUCAAAUUGUGAAGAACCCAAGGUCGGUGGGGAAAGCGAACGAGCAGCUGGCUGGUGUGGUGGCGGAAGUUAAGAAGAAUGGAAGGAUCAGCGUGGUGCUGGGUGGAGACCACAGCUUGGCAAUCGGAAGCAUCUCUGGCCAUGCCAAGGUCCACCCGGAUCUCUGUGUCAUCUGGGUGGAUGCUCACACCGACAUCAACACUCCACAGACAACCACAAGUGGGAACUUGCAUGGACAACCUGUGUCUUUUCUCCUGAAGGAACUAAAGGGAAAGAUCCCUGAUGUACCAGGAUUAUCCUGGGUGACGCCUUGCAUAUCUGCCAAAGAUAUUGUGUAUAUUGGCCUGAGAGACGUGGACCCAGGGGAACACUACCUUUUGAAAACUCUGGGCAUUAAAUACUUCUCCAUGACUGAAGUAGACAAACUGGGAAUUGGCAAGGUGAUGGAAGAAACACUCAGCUACCUACUAGGAAGAAAGAAAAGGCCAAUUCACCUGAGCUUUGACGUGGACGGACUGGACCCGUCUGUCACACCGGCCACUGGCACACCAGUCCCCGGAGGGCUCACCUACAGAGAAGGUCUCUAUAUUACAGAAGAAAUUUACAAAACAGGACUGCUGUCGGGAUUAGAUAUAAUGGAAGUGAACCCAUCUCUGGGGAAGACACCGGAAGAAGUAACUCGGACAGUCAACACAGCGGUAGCAGUAACCUUGGCUUGUUUCGGCACUGCUCGGGAGGGCAGUCAUAAGCCUAUUGACUACCUUAACCCACCUAAGUAAAUGUGGAAACAUCAUACACAAAUCUCCCAGCUAAUAACAGGAUGACCAAAUCUAGAAAUUUAC